CUGCGCUCUGGGCUCGACUGAGGCUCCCUGGCCGCUCGCGCUUUUCUCUCCUUCUCCAAGAUGGCGGCGGUCGGCGGCGCUGAGGCGGGAUCCGGGCGAGCCGAGUGAAGACCUGGUCCUGUAGACGGGAAGGAGCCUGGACACAGUGACACAUUCACAAAGGCCCUGCAGGACCACCAUGGCUUAUGAUGACUCCGUGAAGAAAGAAGAUUGCUUUGAUGGUGAUCACAGCUCUGAGGACACAGGACUAGCUGCUGGCCGAAGCCAACGAGAAAAGAAACGUUCUUACAAAGACUUUUUAAGGGAAGAGGAAGAAAUCGCUGCUCAGGUCAGAAAUUCUUCCAAGAAGAAGUUAAAGGAUAGCGAACUUUAUUUCUUGGGGACGGACACGCACAAGAAGAAGAGGAAGCACUCCUCCGAUGAUUACUACCAUGGAGAUAUUUCGUCUUUGGAAUCGUCACAGAAGAAAAAGAAGAAGUCCAGCCCGCAGUCUGCCGAUACAGCCAUGGAUCUGUUGAAAGCUAUCACUUCCCCGCUGGCAACAGGCUCCAAGCCCUCCAAAAAGACAGGGGAGAAAUCCUCCAGUUCUUCAAGUCAUUCAGAGACUAAAAAGGAACACCACAGGAAGAAAGUAAGUGGAAGCGGUGGGGAGCUGUCCCUGGAGGAUGGCGGUUCCCACAAAUCAAAAAAAAUGAAACCGCUCUAUGUGAACACAGAGACACUGACUCUGCGGGAGCCCGACGGCUUAAAGAUGAAGCUCAUUCUCUCGCCAAAGGAGAAGGGAAGCAGCUCGGUUGAUGAGGAGUCUUUUCAGUACCCCUCUCAACAAGCGACGGUGAAAAAAUCCUCUAAGAAAUCAGCUCGGGAUGAGCAAGGUGCUUUACUCCUAGGACACGAGUUACAGAGCUUUCUGAGAACAGCCCGGAAGAAGCACAAGUCCGCCUCGGACCCACAUUCCUCUCCUGGCCCCGAAGGCGGUGGGUCGGAUGCCUCCCAAUUCCCAGACUCCCACAGCGCUAACCUUGAUCUUUCAGGACUUGAACCUAUUCUGGUAGAAUCAGACUCGUCCUCUGGUGGGGAGCUAGAGGCUGGGGAGCUAGUGAUAGAUGAUUCCUACCGGGAAGUCAAGAAGAAGAAGAAGUCAAAGAAGAGCAAAAAGAAGAAGGACAAGGAGAAGCAUAAAGAGAAGCGACACUCCAAGUCCAAGAGAAGUUCGGGACUUUCGGCCGCAGCAGCGGGAGAGGCCCCAGUGGCUCCCGGCCCUCCUCCCAGCGCCCCGCACGCUGGGGCGGCCGCCCCUCCCCCCCCACUGCCCAGCCUCCACACAGACGGGCAUGGUGAGAAAAAGAAGAAAAAAGAGGAGAAAGACAGAGAGAGAGAGAGAGGAGAAAAGCCAAAAAAGAAGAACAUGUCUGCCUACCAGGUGUUCUGUAAAGAGUAUCGUGUAACCAUCGUGGCUGACCAUCCAGGUAUAGACUUCGGGGAACUUAGUAAAAAACUGGCUGAGGUGUGGAAGCAGUUGCCAGAAAAAGACAAACUGAUUUGGAAGCAAAAAGCUCAGUAUCUGCAACACAAACAGAACAAAGCAGAAGCUACAACUGUGAAAAGAAAAGCCUCCUGCUCGGAAGUUCCCGUGAAAGUAAAAGCUUCCUCUGCAGGAGUACUGUCUCCCCAGAAGAAAUCCCCACCCACCACCAUGCUGUUACCAGCCUCGCCAGCCAAAGCCCCUGAGACAGAGCCCAUUGAUGUCGCUGCUCAUCUACAGCUGCUGGGAGAGUCCCUAAGCCUCAUUGGACACCGCCUGCAGGAAACCGAGGGCAUGGUGGCUGUGUCCGGCAGUCUGUCAGUGCUUCUGGAUUCCAUCAUCUGUGCGCUUGGCCCCUUGGCGUGUCUGACCACACAACUACCUGAACUGAACGGCUGUCCCAAGCAGGUCUUGUCAAACACACUAGACAACAUUGCUUACAUCAUGCCUGGACUGUGACCUCGAGGAGUCCCGGGACAGAGACCUCAUCCAACCGCAUUGCUGGUUUGUGUAUAUGUGGAUGCGCCAGAUCACUGGUCUCCGGGUGUAGGUUUUAAAUUUUUAUAUAUAUAUAUAUACAUAUAUAUAUAUACAUAUAUAUAUAAUGUACAAUAUAUACAUAGGACUGUAACUACUUUGCUUUUAAUAAUUUUAUGAAAUGGCAAAGGUUUAGCCAAGAGGAAACCUUGGCAUGAAUAUGGACUUGGGAUUCUUUUUUCUCCUGUGGUGGAUAAAUCUGCCUUAAAAAUCAAUGUAACUUGGGGGCUGGGGGCUUGUUCUGGGUGCCAAGGGCAUCUCUUUAUGGACAGCUAAAAAUGUGAUUUUUUUCCAAACUCAGCUGUACCUCCAGACCCAUCACUGACCACUUGCCUUACCUGUCUCACAGUCUGAAGUAUAAUAGGGAAGAUUAUGGGAAGAUGCCAGUUGACUGAGAGAGUACAAAGCCUUUCAACUUGAAGUGACCUAGGCAGGAGGUGAUAAAAUCGUUCCCAUCUUCCAGUCACUGCAGUGGCUUAGGUGAACUUCAUAGGGGGUUCAUUCCGUUUCCUGCUCUACCGGUGUCUGUGUCUCAAAAUUUAUUGUAAUCAUUGGUACCAUUAGCAGCCUCAGUAGGGGCCGAGGAGUCACGUGAGCCCCAGCAGCGUGAAACACCUUGCAAAGGGUAAAGCUGUGACUGCACAAGUUAAACAUACAUUGUGAGCUGACCCAGAAUAUUCCAUCUGCAGAACUAAUUGCUGGUAUCUUCCAUUGGCAGCAUUUGCUUAGCCACCGAGUCCUCACAGGUUUUGCUGCUUAGUUGCUUGAUGGUUGUGGAAGAUGAACUUGGCCCAGCGUGAUUCUUGGGUUCAUCCAAUUGGCUCCCCUGGUGGGCAGAUACCCAGUGUUCUGCAUUCCACACAUAAGUGAAUUGCAAAAAAGUACUCGAUUCUCAUGUAGGUUUAUUUAUGUGCGCGUGUGAAUGUGUGUUUUAAUUAUGUGUAUUUAACUCUUUAAAAUCUCUUAGAUUUUAAUUUAUCCUGUAAAUUUCUGUAUAUAUAAUUUAAUAACAAAAGCCUCCACCAGCAACAGCACGUGGAAGACACAGAUUUGUCAUUUCUUCCCUCCUUCUUUCUUCUGAUCGCCACUGAAAACUCCCAAGUCAUUUACAUUUUAAGGUAUCAUGCCUCAAAAAGGAAUCAUUAUGUCAGGAUUCUAAUUCUUUAUAAUUCAAUAAUGUCAAGAAAGUAAAAUUAAAAGGAAUGUUACCAUUCCCAGCUGCCCACUUUUCCAAAGAACCAGACUUCUGCUUCCCAGUUCUUCUUCUCCCCGAAGAAGCCAGUUGAACGCUUGAGGGUUGUUUUCCAACUUGGUGUGAGGUUCCCUGCCAAAACUAAGCUCCGGGGGGAACUGCGCUUUCUUCCCCUGGCCGAGGCACAGCACUACAGCAUCUAAGUAGAUCUUCGAGGACCCUUCAGCCAGCCUGCAUCCUACUUAAUCCCUUCCCUUCUCCCCACCCAAGGGGUCGCAGGGCUUUGUUUCCUGAAGGUGCUCUAGCUGCUGAUUGGCCCUCAGCUCAGAGCCGUUUAAUUGGGGAGACGGAAGGAGAUGGGUGUGUUUGGGAACCAAAAUCAAGAAGAGCAGAUCUGGGUUUGAUUUCUUGUGUCAGACCCUGUGCCACGCCUCAUCUGUACCGUGGAAGCUUCCUGUUUGACACAGGGUAUCAAGGAGGGGCCUUGAAGACAAGGAUUAGUAGGAAAGAAGUCAGUCAGUCCUACCAUUGUCAUUUGUGCACAUGAAUGAAAUCCUGAUGAGGACCUGCUUUUUGUUGGUUUGUUUUCCUUUAAAACCCAACCCUAUUGUAUUUGUAUUUAAAUUUGUACACAUUUGUAUGAUAAUCUGUACCUUGUGGUAUUUGGUACUAUUAGAGGAAAAACUUUGGAUUCAGACCUUCUUGCAGUUUUUAUAUCAUUGUUUUAUUUUGUUUUUUAAAUAAAUUCUAGUGGUUUGAUCCAAAUCCCAUUACAGUUGUAUAAAGAAAUAAAAUUUUGUACUUAUAUUAUUAAAAAUCACAUUUUUAA